AUGAACUACCUGCGGCGCCGCCUGUCGGACAGCAACUUCAUGGCCAAUCUGCCGAAUGGGUACAUGACAGACCUGCAGCGCCCACAGCCGCCCCCGCCGCCGCCCUCUGCCGCUAGCCCCGGAGCCACACCCGGUUCCACGGCCGCCACUGCCGAGAGGGCCUCCACGGCCGCCCCAGUGGCUUCUCCUGCCGCCCCUAGUCCUGGGUCCUCAGGGGGCGGUGGCUUCUUCUCGUCGCUGUCCAACGCGGUCAAACAAACCACAGCAGCCGCGGCGGCCACCUUCAGCGAGCAGGUGGGCGGCGGCUCUGGGGGCGCAGGCCGUGGGGGCGCCGCCGCCAGGGUGCUGCUGGUCAUCGACGAGCCGCAUACCGACUGGGCAAAAUACUUCAAAGGGAAGAAGAUUCAUGGAGAAAUUGACAUUAAAGUAGAACAGGCUGAAUUCUCUGAUCUUAAUCUCGUGGCCCAUGCCAAUGGUGGAUUCUCUGUGGAUAUGGAAGUUCUAAGGAAUGGGGUCAAGUUUGCCCAAAUGGUUCGGCUGCACAAGAAACUGGGGACAGAGGAAUUCCCUCUGAUUGAUCAGACCUUCUAUCCCAAUCACAAAGAGAUGCUCAGCAGCACAACAUACCCUGUGGUCGUAAAGAUGGGGCAUGCCCACUCUGGGAUGGGCAAGGUCAAGGUGGACAACCAGCAUGACUUCCAGGACAUUGCAAGUGUGGUGGCACUGACCAAGACAUAUGCCACUGCCGAGCCCUUUAUUGAUGCCAAAUAUGAUGUGCGUGUCCAGAAGAUUGGGCAGAACUACAAGGCCUACAUGAGGACGUCAGUGUCAGGGAACUGGAAGACCAACACUGGUUCUGCGAUGCUUGAGCAGAUUGCCAUGUCAGACAGGUACAAGCUGUGGGUGGACACAUGUUCGGAGAUUUUUGGGGGACUGGACAUCUGUGCAGUGGAAGCUCUGCACGGCAAGGAUGGAAGGGACCACAUCAUUGAGGUGGUGGGCUCCUCCAUGCCACUCAUUGGUGACCACCAGGAUGAAGACAAGCAGCUCAUCGUGGAGCUUGUGGUCAGCAAGAUGGCCCAGGCCCUGCCCAGACAGCGGCAAAGGGAUGCUUCCCCUGGCAGGGGCUCCCACAGCCAGACUCAGUCCCCAGGGGCCCUGCCCUUGGGCCGCCAGACCUCCCAGCAGCCUGUGGGGCCUCCAGCUCAGCAACGACCCCCGCCUCAGGGAGGCCCUCCACAGCCAGGCCCGGGACCCCAACGCCAGGGACCCCCACUGCAGCAGCGCCCGCCCCCACAGGGCCAGCAGCACCUUACUGGCCUUGGACCCCCAGCUGGCAGCCCUGUGCCCCAGCGCCUACCGAGUCCCACCUCUGCGCCCCAGCAGCCUGCGUCACAGGCCGCACCAAUGACCCAGGGGCAAGGCCGCCAAUCCCGUCCAGUGGCAGGAGGCCCUGGGGCGCCUCCUACAGCCCGGCCGCCUGCUUCUCCAUCUCCCCAGCGCCAGGCGCCUCCACAGGCUACCCGUCAGACAUCGGUCUCUGGCCCGGCUCCGCCAAAAGCCACUGGGGCCCCACAAGCUGGGCAGCAGCGUCAGGGCCCUCCUCAGAAACCCCCAGGCCCCGCAGGCCCCACACGCCAGGCUAGCCAGGCAGGUCCCGGACCUCGCACCGGGCCACCCACCACGCAGCAGCCCCGGCCCAGCGGCCCAGGUCCUGCUGGACGACCUGCCAAGCCACAGCUGGCCCAGAAACCGAGCCAGGAUGUACCACCACCCGCCACCGCCGCUGCCGGGGGUCCCCCGCACCCCCAGCUCAACAAAUCCCAGUCUCUGACCAAUGCCUUCAACCUUCCAGAGCCAGCCCCGCCCAGGCCCAGCCUUAGCCAGGAUGAGGUGAAAGCUGAGACCAUCCGCAGCCUGAGGAAGUCUUUCGCCAGCCUCUUCUCCGACUGA